AUGCUCAGACGUUGGUGUACAUGUCGACAUUACAGCUCGUCGCCGUCCACAUCGUAUUUUUCCCAUAAUGAGCUUCGCCAAACUUUUGUGGAUUAUUUCGCGAGAAACGGCCAUAAAAUCGUGAAAUCGGCCUCGCUGAAGCCAAAUGAAGCCGAUGAAAGCGUUUUAUUCACAAACGCCGGAAUGAAUCAAUUCAAACCGAUCAUUCUGAAUGGCGAAAAACCGCAAAAAUUGGCAAAUAUUCAAAAAUGCAUUCGGGCCGGCGGAAAACACAACGAUUUGGAUGACGUCGGCAAGGAUUUUCAUCAUCACACGUUCUUUGAGAUGAUGGGAAAUUGGUCUUUCAAUAAUGCCUAUUCAAAGGAAGACGCUUGCGAAUUCGCGUGGAAAUUUCUAUGCGAGACGCUGAAAAUCCCGCAAGACCGUUUGUAUGUCUCCUAUUUCGCCGGCUCGUCCGGAUUGGCUCCCGAUUUGGAGUGUAGGCGAAUUUGGACGAAACUCGGAGUCGCCGAAAAUCGAAUUUUGCCGUUUUCCGGCGAAAAUUUUUGGGAAAUGGGCGCUAGCGGACCAUGUGGUCCGUCGACCGAGAUUCAUUUCGAUCGAAUCGGUUCACGAAAUGCCGAAAAUCUCGUGAAUCGCCACGAUUCUGUCGUCGAGAUUUGGAAUAUUGUGUUCAUGGACAAAUUGAGGACGUCUACCGGCGAGAUCAAAUCGCUCGGGCGAAGCCACAUCGACACCGGAAUGGGUCUCGAGCGGAUAUUGGCGGUGUGCCAGGGCAAAUCGUCGAAUUUCGACACCGACGUGUUUUCGCCGAUAAUUGCCAAAAUAUGCGAAUUGUCCAAAAUGAAAUAUUUGGGCGAAUUGAAUCGACGCGAGGAUCAAGCGAUUCGCCUCGUCGCCGAUCACAUUCGCGCCGUCGCGUUCGCCAUCUCCGAUCGAAUUGUGCCGGAUCAAGUCGACGCGGGCUUUGUGGUCCGUAAAAUGUUGAGGCGAAUGUUCAUCGAGUCCAGCGAACAUCUCGGUUUCGAGCGAGGACAACUCGAACAUUUGGUGCCCAUUGUUGUCGAUACCAUGAAAUUCGCGUAUCCGGAACUCGAAGACUCGCAACAAUCGAUCAUCGCCCACAUUUCGAAAGAAGAUCACCAAUUUUGGACGACGGUCGACAAAGCGAAGAAGAUUUUCUUCAGAAUCGUCGAGAAUACCAAAGGGGACACGAUUUCAGGAAUCGACGCGUUCACACUAUUCGAUGCUCACGGCCUUCCACUAUCGAUAACCGAGGAAUUGGCGAGGAACGCGGGGAAGCGUGUCGAUCAAAUCGCGUUCGAAUAUCACCGAAAUGAGGCGAGGAAAAUCUCGAAGAACGCGUCGAAAUUCACGCUGAAACUCGAUUCGCGCGAGUUUCCCACACAUUCCGAUCGUUGCAAAUACGAUUAUCGCAUUCAAACUGACGGAAAAUAUGUGUUUCCCAAAAUUUCGACGAGAAUUUUGGCGAUGUUCGACUCGGCCGGCAAACCGACGACGAAGUUGUCCUCGGCGGCGGCGGCGGGCUCGAUUCUCGUCGAGAAUUGCCAAUUUUACGCCGAACAAGGCGGCCAAGCGUCGGACUACGGUAUUUUAAAGGCGCAUGGGAAGCCGAUUUUUGUUGUCGAGAGUGCUCGCAAAAAUCACGACGGCAAACUGAGCGUGUUGUAUGGCAAAUGUGUGGAAUCGCUGGAAAUCGGCGAGAUUGUCGAGCAGAACAUUGACGAGGGUCGGCGAUGCGGUUUAAUGCGAUCGCACUCGGCCACUCACCUUUUAAACUAUGCGCUUAAACGGUUUAACAUGAGCAAUGGUCAGAAAGGCUCGUCAGUGGAAUCCGAUCGAUUGCGAUUCGACUAUGGCACGCGAAUCGAAUGGGACAAAUCGAAAUUGGCGGAUGUUGAGAGAUUUGUGCAGAAUUGCAUCGAAUCGGCGAGACGCGCCGAAUUCGAGGAGUUCGACAUCGACGAGGCGCGACGGAUUCCGAUGAUUGCCGAUGAGAUGAAAGCGGAUCGGAUUGUCGGCGAGAGGAUUCGCGUUGUUCGCCUAGGCGACGAUGAGGAUUGUAUCGAAUGUUGCGCGGGAACCCAUGUCCUCAACACGAAAUCCAUUGAAGAUUUUGCGAUUUUGGCAGAAAAAUCAAUGGGACGAAAUUUGCGGCGAAUUUUUGCGGUGACCGGCGAGGAGGCGCGAAAAUGUUGGCGAUAUGUGGAGAAUUUGAAACAAUUGGAGGCAAUUCAUAAAAAUGACAUUGAUUGGCGAAUUGUGCCGAUUUCGCAGAUGGCUGAGAUCAAUUCGAUAGUGAAACGAAAAAAGAAGAUGAAAUCAUAA